AUGUGGAGAAUGUCAGUCACUUCCUUCGUCGGGCAGAGUAGUAAGGCAAACGGAGUUGAUGCGUACGACAGCGGCGAUGAUUGGGAGAUCGGACUUGGCGAUCUGAUCAUCGACCUCGAAGCCGAUUUAGAAAAGGAUCGCCGGAAAUCGGAGAUGAAUCGCAUUCUGAGCGUAAAAAGCCCUGCGGACGAGCUGCCCUUCGGUGUUGCCGCGGAAAGCGCCAGCGCCGCGUUCGAUGGCCUCGUGAGUCCCGCCGCCAGUGUCUGCACCGAGGUGAGGAGAUUCAAAGACAAGCGGCGCAAUUCCUUCGCGAGCAACGGCGGCGACAAAUCGCGGUCGCUCGACCCGCUGCCGCGCGCAGUUCCCAAAGUGUGUAUUGCAAAGCGGCGUGAAGCUCAAGGACGCCACGGAGAGGCAUUCGGAAUGAAUUCGAGUGAUGCAAGCGCUCCUUGCGCCAAAGGCAAAGAGGGCAAGAGAGGAAAACACCAAGGCAAAGGACUUAAAAAGGAAAAGGACUGUGUGCGGACACGUAAAGAGAAGCACGGCGAAGCGUUUGAAUUCGAGAAUGCUCGAGCUUUCGGAAGGAACGAAGAGAACGCGUGCUAUUGUGCAACCGGAGGAACGGCAGUCAUGGACAGGGACGAAAUGGACGCAAAGGGGAUAAGGGCUAGUGCUUUUGUUGUGGAGGAGGAUGGAGGGAGUUGUGAGCGAGAGGCGAACCACAAAACGUUAAGUAUAAAAACCAGGUCAGUGGGGACCAAUACACAAGAGGCUGAAAGAGUUGUUGAUUCAAACUACAUGGAGCCAUGUCAACCAGGAACAAGCGUAAAUCUGGAAGGGAUUGUGUGGCAUGAAACAGAGGAGGGGGUGCUUGUUGUGAAUGUCACAUGGAGAAAAAGGACCUAUGUUGGAACUCUCUUAGACUGUACCAAGCAUGACUGGGCUCCCCCUCGGUUUUGUGAGUCUCCAAUGAGUGAUUCUGAAAUGACAUGUGGGCGUGGACGAGGUAAACGGAUGAGAUUGGCAGUAUCCGAUCAGCCUGUGACAGAACCUGGUCUCUCCAAAAUAAGAGGACUGACACAUAAGAGACGUGGCGUUGGCAUAGGCAACAAAGGGAGACGAGGAAGUCUGAACUUUAGUACCUGUAGGACCCCUGCAUACUUUUCAGUAGAGGACAUGAAAUCAAGUUCACUUAUGUGUGGCAAAAGGAUAAGCAAAGCUCCACCUGAUCUCGAUUUGACCUUAGUUUCUGAGGACAUUAGGAAUGGAAAUGGGAAAAGAAUUCGCACCAAAUCUAGGAGUGCUCCAUCUACUCCACAGGGGAAAUCUGAUCCAGUGUUUUUGGACCAAGUUUGUGCCUCACCAAUGCUAAUUGACUGUCCACACCCUAACUGCAACAAGAAAUACAAGCAUAUUAAUGGGCUUCGCUAUCACCAAUCGCAUGCACACUUGGACAGCAACAGCAAACAAGAGUUUGAAGCAGAGAGUGAGGACCGGCUUUCUGAUUAUGACGAAUCGCUCAGCAACAUGCCCGUUGACUCCAGUGAAAAUGUUGAUAUUAUUUCCAAGAAGCCACGAACCAUUUAUAAGCUUAAUUCUGCUGGAUCUUUAAAGAACAGAAAGUUACUACUCACCAGUGAUCAUAGUCCCACAACAAACUCCAAGCAACGAAGGAUAGGAAUGAUAGGAAAAGAGGGACCCACUGAUGACUUAAACAACCUGCCGCUUAUUUCAAACAUGUCUGUAGUCCUUGAGAACUGCCUUAUAACAGAUCGUAACUCAUCUAUAGAGAUGCCCAAGCUUGAAGCUGAGGGUGUCAUUGAUAAGAGGGAAGCUAAAAAGGAAAAUGGAAUUGCUGAAAGGUGCUCAGCCAAAACUAGGACCAACAGGUUUAUUGUUACUACCCCUGCACCUCCAAAGCUUAUUGCUAUUCCUACAUUUCCUAGUAAAGUCACAGAUGGCUCCUCUCAUCAAUCUUCACCAUCUGUUACUCUCACAAAGACUAAGAAUCUUUCACUGAAACCCAUCAAGCCAAAACUGGAUAUUGUUGCACAAGUUAAUAUGACAAAUGCAGCCAUAGUGGUAAGCAAGGAAAAUAGGAGAAAGGAGAAACACAGGCUAAAGGAUAGAAAUUAUAAAGAUUCAAGAAGUCCAAAAGCUGAUCCUACUUUCAUAAAAGCAGAUGACAUAAAAAGUAUAGGAAAGGACUUACCGGUCAGCUUGUUAAAAGAGCAUCUGAGCAAACAGGAUGUUGUUAACGGUCUCAGUGAAACUCAAGAAAGUCGAAUGGCAAGUAUCAGAGCUGAAGCUGACAAGGUAUACACUUUUACUGACAAUGCACCUAGUCCCUCUAUUGGGAGCUCUGCAAGAAUGGACUCGGGCACACUUUCAAAUUGUGACAGUAGUACCACCAAGACCAACAGUCCAGCAUACUCAGACAUAUCAGAUGUGGCAGACGAUGGUGGAUUAAAUUCUAGAUCAAGGAGAAACUCAGCUCCUGAUUCCAAUCUGAAUGGAAAUAUCAAUCCCAAGAUUACGUCUGUCACUACAGCCCUGGGAAAAGAAACUCAGGCAUCAAGUCACAGUCAUGGAUAUGAAUCUUAUGGUAUUCCAGGAUACAUGCAUUCUGGACAAGGAAACUCUGCUGCUUUCCUAAAGGUUUCAACAUCUUAUACUAGAACUAAGGAGGAUAUUCGAGAGUUCAGUGAGGAUCUGAAAACCUCUGAAUCAAGUGCUGAUACCAGCUCACAAUCACACUUUCAAUUAGCUAUGACACAAUCACAGACUGCUUUAGCCCAGUCCUUGUACUAUGGACAGUACACUCGUAAUGCUCCUAUAGACCAGAAGGUUUUGAUUGUUCCAAACAGUCACAGGCAGCAGAAUGAGACAUGCUGUGAUGAUGUGCAAUGUGGCAAACAUAGCAGAGUUCAAGCUAGACGUGUACCUGAGCAGAAAGAACGAACAAAAGAGGAUACAAAACAGAUGUUAACAUCUUCUGUGGCCAUUCAUAAGGGAACAAACUCUGUUAAAAUCAGCUGUGCAAAACCUGGUUUCAUCUAUGUAGAAUUGGAUAAACAGUUAUCUCUUCAGCAGCCCCAGUUGAAAUCUUCUGUUAUGUCAAUAACAAAAGACCAGGGGCUUAACAAGGAGUCUGAAGACUUCAACUCUGAAUGUCAAAAUACAAAAACAAAUGUGGAUACAAAUAUAACAUAUCUAAAUGCUUCAGAAUCACAGUCCUGGAGCCAUUCAUUUCAGUCCAAAUAUGUGAAGCAGCAAAAUCAAGAGGUAAACAAGGUCUCUCAGGAAAUAGGCCCAGACAAAGGGCAAGACUGGCAUGUGCCUCCUGAGCCACAGCCCAGACUGGAGUCUGAGCUUCAAAAUGUACAUUAUGAGACAGCUUCUGAGGACAUCGAGGAGAGUACCAGAGCAGAGGUGGAAAAGAUGCCGAGUGAAACCUCUGAAAACCUGCAGAGCACAAGAGUGGCUGUGUCAUCUUCUCAACAAUCUUUCAUCCAGUACCAGCACUCUUACCCAUACCUACAUCUGUGUGAGACAAAUAACACAUCAUUUAGUGUGAUGUCACCAGCAUUAGUGCACAACUAUCCAGGUUUCCAUUACCCUAUGUAUGGGAAGACACCUGAGAGGGAGGAUUCAAGUGGGAUGCAGCACAACAAAACAGUUUCUGACUGCACAGACAUUGAGCUGCUGCCACAUCACAGCCAUCCAUACCAUGGAAAAUGUCCUGUGCCUGGGGAGCCAGGAGGUACUGAACAGGAGGACAGGGACACAGAGCACGAGAGAGAAACUGUUCCAUUUGCUCACCACCUUCACACACAUCAUCACACUCAUCUGGGCAUGAGUUACUCUCUUGUGUCGGGGCAGUAUGACCAAUUUCAAGGUCUGAGUACAGUAGCCAUGUGUGGCAGUCAGCAAGUGGCAACCACACAGACCACUUCCUGUGAGAGUGAUGGGAAGAUGUGAGUUCAAACUACAUGUUCCUGGCUCACACAAGGAUUCAUAGACAUCAAUUCCAUGGUGUUAUUCAUUGCCUCCAUGUGAGGCUACUUUCAUUUUUUAAUGAAUGAAUGUAACAUUAGAGGUAC